GUGAAAGUGAAACAGUGUUAUUGUGUCUGCAUCUCGCGGUGACUGUAUCUCAGCUCCCAAUUCACUUCCUCAUCUGCUGCUGCCUCCCCUGUAUGUGCAGCUAACAUGGCGACAUGACGUGCCAUGCAGGCAUUACUUAACAUGAGAUUCAGCCUGGUGUGCUGCAUUGCAGGGCUGUGUUCUAUAACCGAACCUCUCCUAAUAUCCCACAAGGAGCAGUCCUCACACAGCCUGUACAAUGAUGGACACAGCACAGCAGCCAGCACCAGAGACACAGACAGACAGCUCCCUCUCAGCAUCAACAACACCAACCACAACAGCACAUUUCUGGAAUUCAUGGAGAGAUAUCACAGGAAGUACCCCCCGGGGAGCCUGCUAUUCCAGGACAAAUUCAAAGUAUUCAUGGUAGUGACCUACAGAAAAUUCUAACCCUUUACUUCCUAUGUGUGAUAGUGUAUUCUAUCAGUGCAGUGAUACCUUUUGUUUUAACUCAUAAUGUUACAGUAUAUGCUUUACUCAGCUUUAAUUAUGCAUGGUAGCAGUGGAUCAAGUAAGUCAGAGAUUUUGAUAGUUUAAUAUAAAGUUUGCCAUAAUCUCUCCAGAUGUAUGUAUGUUUGAUUGUAUUGUUUGAAUGCAAUAUGUAUUGUUUGUAUUUUCUCUAUAUUUUGUUAGAGUUUUUCUGACCACAUAAUAUCACUAAAUAGCUAUACUAUCAUAGAUGGAUAUUGCCACAGAUAAACAAGGACAACAUUCAUUCAAAUAUUGCUAAUUAAGUAUACAGGAGAGUCCAUACAAAUUCCACAAAUGCCUGUAGAAAUAUUGUCUGUUGUCCCAUUUAUUAAAGAAUUUAAAGGGGGUUAUGUAUAAAACGUGUUGUGUUCUGAAAAGUGUGGUAGUCACCAUGGAAAUCAGUGGAAUCUUCAGGCACAUUGCUUUGGUGACUGCCCCUUUUCCAUAUAUCCCACACUUUUCAGAUCAGGCACAAAACCCCUCAUGUGCCUGUGAUUGCUCCACUUUUGAACUCCCCAUAAUUGCAAAGUUUUAUCCAUCUAUCAAAAGAACAUAGAAAGUAGUAAGAGGAAAUAAUCCCUACUCAGAGGGAGAAUUCCUCUACUACAGCUACCCCAGCGCAAAAUAUAUGUGUGUGCUAAUUGUAUCACACAUAGACUAAAAAAAUAUAUGUACCUAUAAAAAAUAUCUUUAUUAAACACCACUAAAUUCUAUAUACCCUAACCCAAACAAAAAAGAAGGAAGAAAAAAAUACUGAAAUGCAGACUGAAUUCGGCGGAAAAAAACACAGUGCUGAAUAUGUCUGUAACGAGUUCCAAUAUAGAUUGUUACAAGAUGUAAUAAAUAGACACAAUGUAACAAUACAGUGUAUCAGGAUCAGACUACAGCAAACAAGCCGAAAUACUUCUGUGCUAUAACCCUAUGUAUCAGUGUCCAGUGUACUAGAAAUAAGUAGAUAAAAAAUAAAUAGAUUCAAUUAAGCCCUCUCAAAAAAAUACAAAAAAAAAAAAAGAGAAUCCUCACUAGUUCCUUCAUGUUCCUAAAUAGGCAAUGAAUCCAUUGAAAUGCAGAGGAAAUCGAAAGGAUAGUAAGACGAGAAGUCAGAGAGACUGAUAUAAACAGUAGAUAGUAGGGAUCAAAAGAGGCAUUGAUGAUGGUCCACACACAACCUUUGUUUUACGUCUUUUGAGGUUUAUUUUGUCCCAUAAUUACUUUCUCUUUAAUGGGAAAGUAUACCACCAGGUGAGAGGUACCGAUAUGGGGACACCUUGUGCCCCCUCAUAUGUGAACCUCCACCUGGGGUGGUGGGAACAAUCGAUCUAUGCCUCCGAUGUCAUGUUAGAAUAUCUACCCCUCAUUUUAUGGUGGGGUCAUUAUAUUGAUGACAUUCUUAUUGUGUGGCAGGGCACUCCCCAACAAUUCUCUGAUUUAGUAGGAUUGCUUAAUCAGAACGACGAGAAUCUCCGUUUUACAUCGGAGUUCGGAGGACGUUCUAUUAACUUCCUAGAUGUUACUAUUACCAUCAAGGAAGAUGGGACUUUCGAUUCCACCCUAUUUAGGAAACAGACAGCUACUAAUUCCCUCCUACAUUGGGAGAGCUAUCAUCCACGACCUCUUAAAGAGGGUAUUCCGGUAGGUCAAUACCUUCGUCUUCGGAGGAACUAUAGCGACAUUGAAGAUUUCAAAAUGAAAGCUAAACAACUUAGGACUCACUUUAAGGAGAAAGGGUAUCCGAAUCGCUGUUUGAAGCGGGCAUAUAAAAGAGCACUCUUAACCGAAAGGAAUCAACUAUUAAAUGACCGUCCAGCUAAGUGUGAGACUAGGGAAACAGGCAAUAUUCGCAUGAUUGCGACAUAUGAUACAGGAUGGCUAGAGGUACGAAGAUCCCUGGAUAGAUUUUGGCCCAUCUUAUUAAAUGACGUACAUCUCAAGGAGGUGUUGGGCCCACAGGUCAAUAUUACAGCAAGACGGGGACGUAAUAUUCGUGACCUGUUGGUUCCGAGCCAUUUUUCCAUCAAGUCACAGAUACGUCCCUCUUGGCUGGGAACUCCCCCAUGUGGCACCUAUUGUUGUGGCAGGUGUGUAGCCUGCAAGUAUAUUUCUAAAGGUUCUAAGAUAAUAAGUGAUAGUCAAGGCCAAGGGGCAUUUAAAAUCAAGAGCUUCUUUAAUUGUAAUACCCAGGGCCUCGUAUAUUUGCUGACAUGUUCUUGUGGACAGAAAUAUGUGGGAAAGACCUUUAGAGCCUUUAAGGAAAGAAUACUUGACCAUGUAAGAUCUCCUAGGAAUCAUCUUGAGACACCGAUUUCCAGACAUUUAAAAGAAUUCCAUCACGGUAUCUCGAACCAUCUUCAUUUCUGUGGAUUGGAACUAGUGAAGAGAAAUCCCAGACGGGGAAAUUUCGAUAAGACUCUGAGACAACGAGAGUCUAGAUGGAUAUAUGAAUUAAAGACACUUCAACCCCUAGGCUUAAAUGAGGGCUUUUCAUUUGCCCCUUUUAUUUAGCCAUUUAUUGGGGAAUAAAUCUCUAUAAAGUUUGCAUCGUGUAUUAGAGCCUGUACAUACUGACUUUAAUAGUACUUUACAUAAUCUGUACUUUCAACAUGAUCUGCUGAUUAGAAUUAGAAGCAUAAUUAUAAUUGUACAUAAUGACCAUAUAUAUAUGGUGUUGGCUUAUCUAUUUAGUCACACAUUUUAUUGUUUAUUUUUAAUUAUGUAUUUAUGUUUAUAUUGUUCCAUCUCUAAUAAAUGUCCUUCUCUUUCCUCCCCCUCUCCCCCCCUUCCCCCCCCCUUUUUCUCCAUCUCCCUCCCCUGAAUAAUGUGUUUAAUAUGCUGAAAGUUGGCUUUGAGGGACUACCCCUUUAAUUCUUAUGAAUAGGGAAUCAUUAAUUAUGUAAACAGUUGUGGAUCACAUUAUUUGAACGUUACUGGGUGGAUUUAUCAGGCUUCAACUACUUUUAAAAAUCCAAACCACCAGUACUGUGCUUAAUGCUGUUCGUUUCUGUUUUUCCCUCUAAGUCUUUGCACAUGCGUAGAAUACUCAGUGGACACUGUCCGUUCUACCUCCUCGUUUCUCCUAAGUCCACGCGCAUGUGCGUAGGACUCUGACUAUCUGAUUAAUGCAAACCACUCCCCCUGGAGAGAGCACGGAUGGACACGCCCCUAUGAGCGAUUGAUUGGUCCCCAUCUCUAGAAUAGGAGGAGGUACUGGGUUUUUAAGGGGGGAUUUCGAGCGGGGAAAUGCUAGUGUAUGCCCUAGAGAAAGGCGGUUUGUCCGCCGAAACGCGCGUUGGGCAAUUCUGUUAGCAGCAUGUGCUUAGCCCCUUAGUCUAUUUUGUUUUCACUCCUGUCCUCUGUACUUAGUAACCUCUAUGACCGGCCGGUCAUUAGUUCAAUUGAGGUUGUUCUUGAUUACUUCGAGACUAUUGAAUGGAAGGCUUCUUUUCUUCCCUACUAUCUACUGUUUAUAUCAGUCUCUCUGACCUCUCGUCUUACUAUCCUUUCGAUUUCCUCUGCAUUUCAAUGGAUUCAUUGCCUAUUUAGGAACAUGAAGGAACUAGUGAGGAUUCUCUUUUUCUUUUUUUUUUUUUUUCUUUUUUGUAUUUUUUUGAGAGGGCUUAAUUGAAUCUAUUUAUUUUUUAUCUACUUAUUUCUAGUACACUGGACACUGAUACAUAGGGUUAUAGCACAGAAGUAUUUUGACUUGUUUGCUGUAGUCUGAUCCUGAUACACUGUAUUGUUACAUUGUUUCUAUUUAUUACAUCUUGUAACAAUCUAUAUUGGAACUCGUUACAGACCUAUUCAGUACUGUGUUUUUUCAGCCGAAUUCAGUCUGCAUUUCAGUAUUUUUUUCUUCCUUCUUUUUUGUUUGGGUUAGGGUAUAUAGAAUUUAGUGGUGUUUAAUAAAGAUAUUUUUUAUAGGUACAUAUAUUUUUUUAGUCUAUGUGUGAUACAAUUAGCACACACAUAUAUUUUGCGCUGGGGUAGCUGUAGUAGAGGAAUUCUCCCUCUGAGUAGGGAUUAUUUCCUCUUACUACUUUCUAUGUUCUUUUGGUAAUAUUUUGUAAGGUUAAGCCCGUUUAGCUACCCCUUUAGCCCAUCUUCUUGUGCCCCUGGGUAGAGUUCAUUUCUCGUGGACUCUGCUCAGUGGUACUUCAUUUGUAUUUUAUCCAUCUAUGUCAUGUGUUUUAAAGGAGCACUAUAGGCACCAAGACAACUUCAUCUAAAUGAAGUUGUUAUGGUGCCAGGUGGCCCCUGGAUGCAAUAGAUUUGCUGAUAUUUUGUGUUUGUUUUAUCCAAAAAUUUUUGCAUGUAACAAACUUUUAUCUUUUUCUUUUCUUUUAGAAAAGUUUAGCAAGGCAUAAGCAACUGAACAUGUUUUCUCACUCUUCAAAUAAAAUCAGUGCAGCAUAUUAUGGCAUCAAUCAGUUUUCCGAUUUAUCUGUUGAAGAGUUCACUAGUAAGUUAUAUUGAAAUAUUAUCUUUAUUAUUAUUAUUAUUGCCAUUUAUAUAGCGCCAACAGAUUCCGCAGUGAUUUACAAUGCGAGAGGGGGGAAUUUAACUAUAAAUAGGACAAUUACAAGAAAACUUACAGGAAUGAUAGGUUGGAGAGGACCCUGCUCAAACGAGCUUACAGUCUAUAGGAGGUGGAGUGUAAAACGUAAUAGGAUUAAAAUUUUAAAAUGUUAAGUAAAUUUACUUAAGUAAUUACCAUUAUAUUGAGCACAUGGUUAACUAUAUACAUUUUGUGUGUGCGUGUAUAUACAUAGGAAAGUAUUAAGAUGUAGCAUGCGUGUUCAUGACAUAUGAAGCAUGCAUGUACCGUCUACUCCUAUACGAGGUAACUUUUUUGCUGAAAUUAUUCAGCCACUUUGUUUUUUUGCUGCCUUGCUGAGCAGGAGUUAUGCAUGUAUGUUCUUUCUCUGUUGUUGGUUAUAUGUUUUGCAUUAUCUGCAAAAUGGUCUAACACAGAGGUGUCACAACUUAGUGAUCCUUGUAUAUAAUUAUUUAAAAGUUUACAUUAAUUUGUUAGUAAAAUGAUCAUUUCAAAGUACAAUUAUUUUAGUACACCAUUUUUGACAGGUAUAGAUUCAUUGAUAUCACUCAACAUUGAAAGUUCUCAGACAGAUCAGAAACUAGCACCAAAUUAAUAUGCUAAACAUCUGUCAUGUCAAACUCCAUAUACUACAUUCUGUGGCAUAUCCAGUUAAAACCUGAGUUAUUCAAUCUUUAAUGUUUACACACCGCUGUGAUUUUAUUCCUGGCCUGAUGGUGUUUUUAUCCUUUGUGUAAAGCUGUGAUUAUUGUAGCCUUUCUUUUUCUCUAUCAAUGCUUCAUUUUCCUGUAGUACAAUCACUCCUGCCUUUGUUUUUUACAUGUUUUUGGCAUGCAUAAUGAAAAACGAUCACAAUGGCCCUCUUCUUGACGCCUAUUGUUGUAACAUCUUUCUGUCGUUACGCUGUAUAUGGCAUUUCAUGGGAUUGUUUUACUUUGAAUUAAAACUGGCAUUGUGUAUAUUUUAAUCAUUGUGGACAUUAUCUGUAAAAAAAUAUUGGUACAAUAUAAUUACUUCUCAGUCUAUCAAGGUUAUUCUCUAAAGUUCAAAUAGUCCAGUAAUGAAUGGCAAAAAUCCAUCUGGGACCAUUCGGAACGUCAAAAUUCAGACACUCUUCACACUAAUUAACUGUCCGGAUGUUGCAGAGCAGGCUGAGCACAAGCCUAAAUUUGGUCCGGAUUUCAGCCAGACAAAAAGCUGCUGGAUUGCUGAAAUCUAGACUCGGAUUGUUAAACGACCACUAUAGGCACCCAGACCACUUCAGCUUAAUAAAGUGGUUUGGGUGCCAGAGAAACUGCUAUGUUUACUUUAAGGUUAAUGCAGCCUCUAGUGGCUGUCUCAUUGACAGCCGCUAGAGGCGCUUCCGCACUUCUCACUGUGAUUUUCAUCUCCCUUCAGCGCUACGGGAGUGGGACCCUGAGGGUGGGGGCACCCUCAGGGCACUAUAGUGCCAGGAAAACGAGUAUGUUUUCCUGGCACUGUAGUGGUCCUUUAAAAACCUGGCACGCAGGCAAAUUAUUUAAAUAGAAAUAUCUCUGCCGCGUUAACUAUGUGGCAGCAGGACAACGCUUGCUAGACACCCACCACAUUAAAAAAAUUUUUUUUAAAUGGCUAUGGGUCAAUAUGGCCCCCAUAUUACUUUAAGUGGGUUUAAAACUCCCUUAAGCCCCUACCUGCCAUGCCGUAUCUAAUAAACAGUAAGCAGCCAGUAGCUGUUCACGGUAGCUUUAAAACUGCUCCAUUCCAGACCAGAAUCAGGUUACCCCAGGGCCACUACCCGUGCGCAUCUGGUGGGUGCUUUAAAUUAAAUAAUAUGGCUUGCAUGUGGCUUGCAGGAGUGGCUUUUGAAUAAAUGAAAUAUUCCAAGUGACAAUGACAAGUGUAGAGGGAAGUGGUACUUACCUGACAGAUUGGCUUACAUUCUAUAGAAAUGUUAAAGUGUGGGGAAGCCUUUAUAAAAGGACAUUAGAUUCCCCCUUGGAUAAUAAAUUAAUAGCCAACUAAGGGUGCGGGCUAGGGUGACAAUAGGCCCCCACCUGUAUUUUAAUACGUAGCCCUAUCCCACUACCAUAUGUCCACCCACAUUAUUUAAUUUUAGGGCCCACACCAAAUUUCUCCUUCCCUGUUAUUUUACAAAUUCCCUUUUUUAUUUUUUCACUUUUUAAAUGUGGUGGCUAGUUAGCAAGCGCUGGCCAGCUGCCACACGUUUAACCCUCUCACCUCUGAUAUCUCUGGCAGUAGGAAAAAAUUGGUGUUUAGUGAAUAACCCUGAAUGCAGUAUGAACAUGCCUACAUGCAAAGAAAAAGGAAUACACCAAUUGGACCUACCAGGUUUGUUGGUCCAGGGCUUAACCCUUAAGUCAACUAUAGAAAUAAUUUGCAGGUCCCGAAAUUUACUCUACAUGCUUUUUUUUUCAGUUUAUAUGCAGUAGCCUUUUUAGACAUUUACAGUUUGUUUUUUCCAAACCACUUAAAGGGACACUGUAGGCACCCAGACCACUUCACCCUUAGCCCUGAGUAUGUAAUUAUUGCAGUUUGUAUAAACUGCUAUAAUUACCUUGCAGGGUUAACUCCUCCUCUAGUGGCUGUCUACCAGACAGCCACUAGAGGGACUUGCGGGUUCUUAGAUGACUUCUAAAUGACGCUGGACGUCCUCAUGCUCUGCGUGAGGACUUCCAGCGUCGCCAGAAUCCCCAUAGGAAAGCAUUGAAUAAUACUUUCCUAUGGGGAGAUCCUAAUCCUAAUUGCCGCGCAUACACAUUAGGUCUCCUGCGCCGGUGGCCAGCGACGGGGGAGGAGGGUGGGCGGAGCUGAGCCAGCGUGGAGGGACAUCACCGUUGGGCCCAGGUAAGUGACUGAAAGGGUUAUUAAGGAGCUAGUUGGCAAACACUUUAAUAAAGCCCUUUUUCUACUCCUCCUAUUUAAUUGAUAUCUGGGAGUGAUCACUACACAGAUCAAUAAUGCCUUUUUUAAAUGAUAAUUUUCCAUUGACAAUGUAUUUUUUUAGUACUGGUUAAUCAUCACAAGGUUACUUUCUGUUCUACUUUCUAUACCAGGUAGCAUUUCCCAUCUGUUCUUUUGGGAACUGCUAAUUAUUUCUGAACAUGCAUUAGACGUAUGAAUAAAUUAGAAUGUAACGACAUUAUAUUCAUAUUUCCAUUUAGAUACAUAUUUGAAAAGCCAUUCCACUGGGAAUUACAUAAAGUCUGCCAAAUCUUCUUCAUCAGAAAGCUCUCUACCAUUGCGGUUUGACUGGAGAGACAAGAAGGUUGUUAUGGAAGUGAAAAAUCAAUUGAAUGUAAGUAAUUAUAAAAUACUUAUUCUUAUUUGUGUAUUUACUUAUUAAGAUUUUUCCUUAAUAAAUACCUAUGUACAUACAUAGUAUGUUAGAACCAUAUAUAUUUGGUUGCUAUCAGCUUUCAUAUUGGAGCAAAGAGUUAAUAUUUAUUGAUAGGUUCUUUCUUGGAAAAACAUUUUUUAUUUUUUUAUUCUAAGUCUGUAUAAAUUGCUGCAUGCCAAUUCAUUGUUUUUAUUCCUAUAUUUUAUUGAUUUUUAAGCUAUCAUAUAAUUCUGUGAGACCCCUAAAUAUCGUAUUGGCUGACCUUGUAGAUAACAUACUGUAAUAAUAAAAAUAUUGUUGGCUAAUAUGGUAUAUCGCAAUCCUCAUUGUCUGAUAAAUAUAUUCUGUCUCUACAGAAAGUGUAGAUCAACUGAAAAAAGCACAUACAAUUAUUUCAGAGACUCAGCCUAUGCACUCAAACACUGGCAUGGACAGUGGAAUGGCAAUUUGGGUUAAGUGAUCAUGCAUGGGUAGUUAUCAAAUCAUUUAGAUGGAUAAUGAAUUCAUUGAGUUUUAGGUAUUUGUUGAUGGUCUGGACACUUGAUUGAUACUGAGUGUAGGUAGUAUGAGCUGGCCAGAAUUGGUAAAGAGAGGUUAAAUGUAUUUUGAGAUUCACGUACAGCAAAUAUAUUAGCAUUUGCUUUGGAUAAAUGUUAAAUUUGUAUCUAACAAUUUUGAGAGAACUUCAAAAAUGCAUUAAAUUGGAAACUUAGUGGUAGUACCCCAUUUAUACAUGAGAUGGCAGCAAAGAGCCAUAAAACGUUUUACUACGGCUAAAUGCUCUCUUGUGUAAUGUUCUCAAUCGUAUCUAUUAAACGUCUCAAUUGUAUCUAUUAAACUGAUGUGUAUACUUCACCAGAAAUAAGUUGUCAAAGAGUGUUGUAUGUGAUGAUUACAGUGUCAUUCUUAUUGUUUGUUGUUGUUUUUCUAGUGCGGAGGCUGUUGGGCUUUUAGUGUCGUUGGGGCCGUGCAGUCUGCUUAUGCAAUCCAAGGUCAUCAGCCUGAGGAUCUCAGUGUACAGCAGGUCAUUGACUGUUCUUACAUGGAUGGAGGCUGCAACGGUGGAUCCACUGUCAGUGCGUUAAAGUGGUUAAAUCAGGUUGUACAUUCUUGUUACAAUUUAUAUGCAUAGAGAUAUGUUUGUGUGUGUGUGUCUGUGUCUGUAUAUUUAUUAUUUAUAAUAUGUUUAUGGAUUAAAGUCUUCCUAAACUUAGUCUUACAGCUUCAUCAUUGAAAAGGUGCAGAUUACAUUAUUAGUAUAUCAAAAAUUAGCAUGUAUGGAGCUCUCACACCAACUCCUUAGAAGGAAUACUAUUAAUUGAUUAUUAUAUAUUUACUGCAAACAGACACAAGUGGUAUAGAAAGCCCUACUCAAACAAGCUUACAAUGAGUGAGUUUGUGUUGGCUUUGAAUUUUUCUAGCAGAAAAUUUCCAGAUAUGGGCGCAUGAGUGACGUGUGACCAAUGGAGCCCUAUUAAAAUAGAAAAUGUGCAAAAAAUAGAAAACAGUGCAAAAUAUCAUAAAAACACACACUUAAAAAGCUUUAAAUAUCAGUCACAUACACCAUGUGUAUAAAGUGAGAAAAUAAUGGAUAUAAAUAUACCCUGAUGGCGGAUCAUAUAUUUCUGUAGGUAGAGAGAGAAAGGAAAACUCUCAUAGGGUUACCACAGCGAGCUCUUACUACAAACAGGUAAGUAUAAUAAUAGUUGGUAUUACAUUCACAUUUUAUUGAGCCUGUUUCUUUAACUGGCUCAGGUUAAAAAAAACUUGCAUGUGACACUGGAGUCUGGAUGCAAAGUAAGCAGCAGCUAUCUCCUCAGAGACAAAGCAGAAGAAAGGCAGGAUACAUCACAAUAGUAUCAUAAACAUUUCUUAAAACAAAAGUAAUAAAGCCUUACAUUAAGGUGCAUAAACUGUCACCAUAUGGUAUCCACAAGCAGCACAAUGCGUUUCAGAUUAACGUCUUCCUCAGGAACAAAGGUAUGAUAGAUGUCCACCUUUUAAAUCAAUUUUGGCGACAAAUAAGUGCCUAAACCCUCCCCUGUGUGUCUCGACAUAUCGGUAUCACUCGAUGUUGGUGCUUGCGAGAGUGUACCGCAUCACUUCCGUGUUCUUGCGUUCCAGCAGCCAUUUUUUGUGUUCCAUUCUCCCGGCGGAAAUUUACCUCUAGUGAUGUAUAACAGAUCAGCUAGCCUUUGUGCUUCACAAUAUAUUAGCAAGCUCUCAGUGCAUCCAGGGAGUAAUUGAAGUCCAGACAACCAUUACAAAUGUCCCCAAUAGGUAAUAAAUAUUUACAACAUUCAUAUAGCAUAGAAAGGAGGUGGAAAGAAUGAAAAGAAUAUAUAUUAAACAAUGAAAUAUAAAAUGUAAUACAUAAAAUAUAUAUUUUAAAAAAAUAGCCUGUUAAGGUAGUUACUCCAACAUCCAUGAACACUUCUGCUUAUUAAAGUGGUCAUGGAGGAAGGAAUCUGCAUUUGCAAUGUUUCUGCUUUAAAUAUUGCAUAUCCAAAGAUAUUUGAACUUGCGUGCUGGGGGAUAGUUACACCCAGAACUCUGUUCCGUACUGCCAGAUGUCAAUUAUGUGCAGAAAUAACAUCUGUUGUCAGAACACACUACACGCUAGCAACAGAAGUAAUUUGUUAGUGCUCCUGCAAGUGAAGCCUCUGGAUUGUGUGUGCGACUCAUGCGCACACAGUCUUCUUGAUGUUCCUGAAUUAGCACUGCCUCCUUACCAUGCUCUCUUCACCAGUGUCUGCUUUUCAUUUAAAAUAUUACUUCCCUAUGCAACUGUGCUAGUCUUUGUAUUCUCCCUCCCAACCUCCAUCCAUGAGAUUCCCUCUCCUUGUACACCCCCAUCCACCCACUGGUGCUUAGCCAAUCAAUGCUACACUAUGAGCAUCAUUUGACUGGCCGAAAGGCAAGAAGAAGAUGACAAGGCGCCACAAAUGAAGAGGUGUAAAGUGCACUGGGAGAACUUGGCCUGUCGCUGGAUUUCAGGUAAGUUUUAUAAUAUUUAAAUAGAUUUUUUAGGCAAAAAAUUUAAUAGGACCUAAAAAAAAUUAGAUCUGUCCUUUUAAGGAUAUUAUUGCUCAAUAAAUUUGACUGUGCAUAAAUCACUCACCACAACAAAAUAUUUGGGCAUUCUAUCACAUAAGUUCAAUGAAAACCCUGGUUCUAGUGUAACCCAUCAAAUACUAGUGAUUCGUUAGUUUUCCAAUAAGCUAAAGACGUGUGUUAAUAAAGCACAUAAAUGUCAGAGCCUGUGUUAGGUAGGUAUGCAGGAUAAUUUGAACGUUUGCUAGAAUAAUCACCUAAAAUGUAUAAAUUUAAGUAUAUGCCUGUUUGCAUAUUGGAUCUGUCAUUUAUUUAUUUAUUUAAUUAUUUAUUUGUUUUUGCUGUUUAUUCAACAAUUCUUAUGUUUCACUUUUAUCCAGAGUGCUUUACAUUUGAUUUCAACAAUAAUUGAUCAAUAAGUUGUAAAUAUAUUACAGAACAUUAAGAUUUUAUAAAUGUGAAUUACAGAUAAUAGGUUAUAGUAAAUUAUAGAAUAUUAGAUUGCAUAGAACAAGACAACAGUAUAUACUUGUGGGAGGCAGUGGAUAUUUAGAAGUGUCUUCCAAUGCUGUGUAGCAAACUAAAUAAACAUUUUUUGCUUGCAUUAUUUUAGACGCAAACAAAGCUAGUAAGAACGUCUGAAUAUCCUUUCAAAGCACAUAGUGGGAUAUGUCAUUAUUUUCCUCCAACUGAGUUUGGUGUUUCAAUUAAGGGAUAUGAAGCAUAUGAUUUCAGGUGAGUGUGUAUCAGUGUUCUUAUAAUGGCAGGGUUCAAAUAUUGUACUAUAUAUUUAUCAGGCUAAUUGUUGCUUACAGGAUAUUUAUGUGCUCAUUUCAGAUUAACUCUGAGAGGGGUUAAUGAAACUUUAAGGAGAGGCAUUCAAGAGAAAAUGUUGGGGCAUUCCAUUUAAUGUUGGAUGAGUACUAAUUAUGUAGUAGUAUUAUUCAAGGCAGUCAUUAUUCAGAUAAUCAUGCUUGGGAACCAGUGGGAGGCAGUGAUAGGCUGAGAGCAUCAGCUGACACAUCAAGCCUUUCGCUGGCCACCCAACGCAAGUGAAGAUAUGUACAUUUUCGAAGCUGUGCAAUGGGCAGUUCAAAAAAUGGCUUAAAGGACAGCUAUAGGCACCCAGACCACUUCAGCUCAAUGAAGUAGUCUGGGUGCCAGGUCCAUCUAGGGUUAACACUGCAGCUGUAGACAUAGCAGUUUCAGAGAAACUCUAGUGGCUGUCUCAUUGACAGCCGCUAGAGGUGCUUCCACGCCUUUCACUGUGAAAAUCACAGUGAGACGACACUGACGUCCAUAGGAAAGCACUGAGAAAUGCUUUCCUAUGGACUGAUUGAAUGCAGGCGUGGCUCUUACCCCACAUGCGCAUUCAGCGCUGACGCCAGAAGAGGGAGGAGAUUUCCCCAGGGCCGAGGGAGCCCGGUGCUGGAGAAAGGUACGUGAUUAACCCUUUCCUCCCCUUUCAGCCCGGCGGGAGUGGGACCCUGAGGGUGGCGGAGACCUAAAGACCCUAUAGUGCCAGGAAAACAAGUUUGUUUUCCUGGCACUAUAGUGGUCCUUUAACACUGGAAGGUAAAAUAGCACCUUGCCAAGCUAUGAGCAUUGCUGACUUGGAGGUUUUUUUCCAAAUCAGUUAUCUUAGCCUCUACUUUGCCAUUUGAAUUUUAUUUGUGAAAAUUCAGAGUUUAGUGAAUAACCCUAAUAGAUGUGUAACCCAUCAAAUAAAGUCUCAACCAAGGAAAAAUAAUAUGUAUAUAGCAAUAAAAAUUGGUGUUUCUACUAAAAUAGUAAGUGCUCCAGUGAAUGAAAGAGAAUACAACUCUUUUCAGACAUUAAGUAUUAUCCUUUUUAUUUAGUUGCUGUGAAGAAGAAAUGAUGAAGACUCUUAUUAAUUACGGUCCACUCACAGCAAUAGUUGAUGCUGUCAGUUGGCAGGAUUACCUUGGUGGUGUUAUACAGCAUCACUGUUCCAGUGGACAUGCAAAUCAUGCAGUGCUAAUCGUUGGUUAUGAUAAAACAGGUAACUAUGUAAUACUUAUAUUAUGUUUUAUAUUCACUAUGUGUAAAUGUUAUUUAUUAAUGGGUAUGCACUGUUUAUGGAUUUAUUCAGAAAAUAGUGUGUUUUUUUUUUUAAAUAAACAGUAAAUUACAAAACAUAUGCAAAAUGGGGAAUAGAGUUGGAAAAAUAACUGAAUUUGAGGAUUUUUUCAACUCUGUUACUUUGGACGGAAUCUUGGAUUUCCAUUGUGAGUUCAAUAAAAAUCACUGUUUAGUACGUAAACCAUUAACUCUGUUUCAUAUGUGAUGAAAAAGUGAUCCAUUCUCUUAUGGAAAUAUCUGGAUGGACCUAUAAUCUAUGUUAGAGUGUGAUUUACAUGGCUUUUGUCAUUCUUGAAAUUGUUCAAAGGAAAAAUAUCAUUUGUAAAGCUUAUCCAAAAAUUAAAAAAUAGGGCAUUGGGUCGCCUGGGAGUGUUAACUUGGCCGUUCAUUCUUCUGUGGUUAACAACAUAAACGCAAUUAAUUCUGGUAUUAUUAGCCUAAUUCAUUAAAAUCAUAGUGUGCUAUCUAAAGCACCCAGAGUACUCUUGGAGAGAGAAGUGCUUCAUGAAAAAGUGUAUUAUUACCUUUUGAAAACAAUGCUUUCUGUUUGGGAUGUGGGCUACAUAGACCUUUGUCUACAAGAAUUAGGAAAAUAGAUUGUCUGCAAGAAUUAGGAAAAUAGAUCUAUAAGGUUGGAAAAUAAAUAUGCAUUGGUUUGGCUUCUUUCCCAUUUCUCUAGUAGCUUUAACUCAUUCUCUGUUCCCUUUCUGUUAUAACAUUACGUUUUUCUUCAGUCAACUUUUCCUGGUCACUUGGAGUCCUUCCUCUUCUUUACUGUGGCUUGGAGCCAUGUCUCUUCUCAUCCUUUUGGAUUACGUAGGAGGUGUUGGGAAAUACAAUGGAAUCAGCAAGAAUAUUUUAUUUGUUUCCACGUUGAUUGCUCCAAUGUUAGAAUUUUGACCUUCUUUUCACAUUGUAACACUCUUGUAAAGUUAUGUAACAUAAACCACAAACCAUGUUAAGAAUGGAAUCCAUUGGCGUCUUGGUAGAUAUAUAGCUUUGUGACUUUUUUGCCACUUGAACAACACUUUUGUCUUAUCUUUGUGUGAUUAUUUUUUUUUCAGGUGACAUCCCUUAUUGGAUAGUGCAAAACUCUUGGGGUACCACAUGGGGUGCAAAGGGAUAUGUGUAUAUCAAGAUGGGUGAAGAUAUGUGUGGUAAGUUUUCUCGAGGUUGUGUGUGUAUUAUUAUUAUACUUACAGUGGUGGCUACCAUCUUGGUUAGUGGGGCUGUUCUUUUCUUAAAGGAUACUAUAGUCACCAAAACCACAUUAGCUUAAAGGGACACUAUAGUCACCUGAACAACUACAGCUUAAUGAGGUUGUUCAGGUGAGAACUAUAGCUCCCUGCAGGCAAUCUAAUGUAAACACUGUAUUUUCAGAAAAAAUACAGUGUUUACAUUGAUUGAUAGGAAUACCUCCAGUGACCGUCACUCAGACUGCCACCAGAUGGACUUCCUAUCAUGUAGGGCACUAAAAAGGCCUUGUACACGUCAGACUUAUUUUAAUACGUCUGACAUGGAAAAUACGUCUGACGUGUGCAGGAGAGAGAAGGCACUGUGUGCAGGAGAGAGAAGGUAGUGCGUUCAGGACUUCAGAGGGCGGCAUGAAUACCACCCUAUGAAGUAUGUACGCAUGUGCGGCGAAGCGUCUGAUUGCUCCCUGCUUGCACCCGCCUAUUUCGGCAUUUUGAAAUAGGGGACGCGGCUUCAUGAGGCUCCCGGCGCUGGAACCAGGUGAGUAAAAUCCUCUGCCUUGAGAGUCCCUUUAAUUAAGCAGUUUUUAAAUAUAGACCAUGCUCCUGCAGUCUCACUGCUCAAUUCUCUACCAUUUAGGAGUGAUAUCACUUUUGUUUCUGUUUAUGUAGAACUAGCCAUACCUCCCCUCGCUGUGACUGACACAGCCUGCAUGCAAAAAAAAAGUUUAAUUUUCAGUCAGAUGUUAACCUACUUUAAAUGUGUUUAUCUCUUGCUGUGUAAAUUAAACUUUAAUCACAUACAGGAGGCAAGGUCUAGCAAGCUAUUAACUGUGCAGGAAAUAAGAAAGAAAAAUUAAACAGAAGUUGCAACAAAGGGACUUAAAACAUUAGAUGACUCUUUACAGGAAGUGUUUAGGAGGGCUGUGUAAGUCACACACAUGGAGGUGGUACUAGGGCUGCAUUAACAAAAUUAUUUAAGUCCUAAAUGGCAGAGAAUUAAGAAGAGACUGCAGGGUCACGAAGUAUACACCAAAACUUAUUCAUUACGCUAAAGCUAUUUUGGUGAGUAUAGUGUCCCUUUAAUGUCCCAUUUAAAGCCUCACAAAGACUAUGAUUGGCUAGCAAGUGUUAUAUUUCAUCUACUUCGUAGGCUGGGCAGAGCUCGCAGCAGAAAGUUGCAAACCCUACAAGAGAGAACCGCUUCUUUAUUUUGUUUUAUAUUUUUUGCAUAUGUUAAACGGUUAGGGUAAGUACCAUAGUUAUGUUGUAUUAUUGCAAAGUCCAUGGUGCUUUUUGCACCCUGUCAUUGCUGAGAUUGACUUAUAUGAAUGCCGCAAUAAGACCCAUAACAUGGAUGUCAGCCAGGCAGCUUGGAAUACCUGGUUGCAGGUUGCCAAUGACAAUUAUGUCCCUAUUAGGGUAGUGAGCAAGCUGGCUUGUUCAGAUGCUGUAAUUCGUAGUGUAUUGUUCAUUAAGAUUAUUUAAGUGAUGUAUUCACAUUUAGAUGUUUAAAAUGGAAAAUUAAAUUGGGGGAAAUGUUACUUGGAUUUUUAUUUAUUUAUUUUUUUAUAGAUCCUUUAUUUUUGCAAACAUUUUGUAACAUUCAGAUAGACUCAAUGUAUACUGAAUACAGACCUAAAUUAAGAAAAAAUGUCUGACAUUGUCAUUAUUGUGUUUAUAGGAAUUGUGGAUUUUGUGUCUUUUCCACUGAUGUAAUUCCUGUUUCCUUUACUUGUGAUUCACAAACAUCUGUAUUCGUCGGUGUAUGCAUCCUAAAGGCCCCAUUCCAUUUGAAACUAUUUACAAAAGGGAAUCUUCUUAAACAACAUAAUUGCUGAGUUUUUGUUUUUUGUUUUUUGCUUUGAUUCAAGUCAUAUGCAUUGGAAUCUACGCAGCAAAAAUACUUUAUUUAUAGAAGUUAUAAACCCACUUAAUAUAGACUUCUAUAUGCAGAGACUCAGGACUCAAAGACUAAAUGAAACAUAUAUUUCAUAUAUAAUAUGAAAGAAUUAUCUUUUACCAAAAGAGCUAUUACUGUGGAACCAAGAAUCUAUGUUCAUCCAAUCCAAAAUGAUGUAUUGUUGCUGGUAACAUUCAACAAUGGGUCUUUCCCUGCAGCUGCACAUUUUAAACUUAAUUCAGUUGAUAUAUAGCUGUCAAGAGCCAAAAAAAUAAAUCAUUUUCACAAUGCAACUUCCUAGCUGGGAUACCCUCUCAGUGCUCCUGAGCCAAACUCUCCAAGUAACAUUCUGCACUGUGCUCUUCAGAACUUGUUCAAUUUGCAAAUACAAUCCUGUCCUUUUUACUUUAUCUCACUUUUUUAAUUAGCACAGGAUUGACCAGCCUUUGCAAUGCUCAUAUGAAAAUGUACUAAUUACAGUGGUACCUCGGUUUAUGAAUUUAAUGCGUUUUCCGGGACGUUUUCUAUUGCGAAAAAUGUGUAAACCGAAACACGGUUUCCCAUAGGAAUGCAUUGAAAACCAAUUAAUCCAUUCUGGAGAUCAGAAAAAAGUCAAAAUGAGCUGGCAUGGAAACCAACCCACAAUGCAGAACACAAAGUAAAAGGCAAUGCAAAGACAAAGCUCAGCUCCCUACCUUUCCACAGUUUGAGAAAGGUAGGGAGCUGCAAAAAUUCCAGAAUGGCUCCAAAACUCAAUGCAAAAGCUGUUCCAACACCUCCACACUCUACACCACGUGCUACCCACAGGCUCCAGUAUGCAGGAGGCGGUGCUAUAAACCUUUCCAGUCGCAAUGCAUCCUGAGGAAACGUGCUUUGUAUUGCGAAAAAAAAACGUACACCAACGCAUUAUUUUCACUGGAUUUUUUAUUUGUAAACCGAAAGUUAUGUUAACUGAGGCGUUUGGAAACCCGGGUACCACUGUAUUGAAAAAAAAAACUGUGCAAACUUCUUAAUGGGAGAAAAUUACAAGAGCCGAUAACCUGAAUUAUCUACAUAGAGAUCCGCUAUAUAUCCACUGACAUAUAUAAUAUAUACCUAUAUUAGAUCAAUGUUUGUCUGCCCGUCGUUAUUGGACAUGGCAGACAAUCAGGGCUCCAUAUUUUAAAUGUAUAUGUAAGUGACCAUUCACUAACCUAGUUUUGCUAAUAAUUAUCAAAAAGAACUCAGUUUGUUUUUAUUGCCUACACGUUUUCUGCAUUCCUCAUAAUAUUUGUAACGUUUUGGAAGCUACACUAUAAUCUACACUAAGCUGUUAUUGCCAUGCUAUGAUCUAUCUUUUCCAUCUGUGUAAAUGUUACCACUCAGCAAAAUAACAUUCACUUAUUAAGUAAACACUGAAUUAAAAUCAAGAUUGCUUAAUUUAGACAAAAAUAGCUAAUCUGGAAAAAGUUUAAAAUUUUGCAUUUAGAUUUAAUUCCCUGUAAUUUAGAAUUCACUUAAAGGACCACUAUAGUGCCAGGAAAACAUACUCGUUUUUCUGGCACUAUAGUGCCCUGAGGGUGCCCCCACCCUCAGGGUCCCACUCCCGCCGGGCUGGAUGACGAGGAAAGGGUUAAAUCUUACCUUUUUUCCAGCGCCGGGCGGGGAGCUCUCCUCCUCCUCUUCGGCUGAAUGCGCAUGCGCGGCUUUCCUAUGGACGCUGGCGUCUUCUCACUGUGAUUUUCACAGUGAGAAGAACGCAAACGCCUCUGUCAAUGAGCCACUAGAGGCUUUAGAGGCUGGAUUAACCCAUUUAUAAACAUAGCAGGUUCUCUGAAACUGCUAUGUUUAUUAAAAAAACGUGUUAAACCUAGAGGGACCUGGCACCCAGACCACUUCAUUAAGCUGAAGUGGUCUGGGUGCCUAGAGUGGUCCUUUAAUAUCCCUGCAAAACAAGUAUGUCCAAUUUGCGUCCCACGGGCCGCAUGCAACUCACAAUGAUUAUAUUUGCUGCCCACCUGCCCUGGGGCCACUUUGAGUUGUGGCUGUGACCAGCCACAAGACAGGAAAGAUAUUUCCUGUCUGAUUCUUGUCUUCCCGUCCACGACUGAUCGCGUUCUCCCGCAGGCCAGCCACUCCCCCUUCCCUCCUGCUCGCAGUAUCAGAGGAGCGUCCGUGGAAGGAGGGGGGUGGUGUAUUGGAUUUGUGGGCACUGUAUUAGAAUGGGAGGAGGGGGCAGUGUAUUAAAUUGGGUCUGCAUGGAGGCGCUGAACACUCCCCAUGGAGAUACCGAUUGGCCGCACAGUUUUUUACCACACAUGCACAAUAGCCUCUCAAUUCUUUCCUAUGGGUUUGAUGAUCUCAGCCAAAGUGAAAAACACACUCAUAUGACUUCAAAAUCAACAAGAUAAAGUUAUUUGCUUUUUACAGCUGUGCAAGAGCAUACAUUCACCAUUUCAGUCCUAUUACCAAACUUCUCUUAAUAUGUCAAGGUAAUUGGAGUGACACAUUGCUUAUAUGCAAAUACACAUUUCCUUAAAAUAAAUUUGCACUUUUGUUUACGUUGAAGCCCUACGAGCGUGAGGACAUCCAUUGUCAGUAAGGCAACUUUAUUUAUACUGUACUUUUCUAAAUAAACCUACUUUUCUAUGAAAACUGACGUUUUUGGUUUUUUUGCAGCUCCCAUAUAAACUAGACUGUGGAUAACUAAAAGUCAAUUGCACUUUAUUUUAUCUCUGAAACUCACAACGUGGUUUCAGUGAGGUCGAGGGCAUAGUACCAUUUACCUUGCUUAACGUAAACAGGUCAAAGUUAAACACAAAAGCAAAUUCUAAUUUUAAAUUGAUUCCAGAUAUAUAUCUUGUAUUUUAAUAUUUUAAUUUUUUAUUUUUAUUGGAUUUUCAACACUAAUCAGUUGACCAUAUGGUACACAGUAAUAACGUUAAUAAGAGAGACCAAUUUUCACAAAUGGAUGGAUAGCAAUGAUCCUGAAUCUAUCUUAAAAACAUCUCUCACUUUGUCCUCUUAUUUACAAAUUCGCAUUAGAAUACUGACCAAACAUGCUCUAUUCCAAGACAAAUUCUUUUUAAAAUCUACUGGUAAGAUAAUGGAUAGUGUGACAAAUGUCAUGGGCGUCUAUAGGCUAAAAGGAUGAGGUAAAUGAAUCAUGGGCACAAACAGGUCGUGGUAAAAUUUAAAAUGUCAUGUUAACCUCAAUUGGAUUUAAUCUAGACUUACCCUUGUUCUUUCUAGUCUUGUACAGAUUCACUUCUAGUGUGCAUGCUCUGCACAUCUCCUGUUUGAUGCAAUCUGUUUUUAGCACUUUAUUUACUAUUCCACAUUACAUCAAUGAAGUAGGUUAGGAUGACUUCUACAGAACUCCACAAAUGAGGAAUAAACUUUCAGAAAUAUCAAAUCCAAGUCAUAUAAAUGUAAUAUUUGUUCAUGUAAAAUAAUUUAUGUUUUUGUUUAUUUUUUUUAAAUAUGCAACCUUACCACAAGGGAAUAAUACUGUUUUGCAAGAUAUUAUUAAAAUCUCAUAUUCUUUUUGGUUAAAAAAAAACCAAAAUGUUUUAAAAUAAAUUAAUAAAAUGGGUUUGUUCUUCUUUUACAUCCACAGUAUAUGUGUCUUUUGUUUCUUUGCAUUGAAGUAUCAGUUUCUAUGAUUUCUCUGGUAUUGGAAAUUGUGUAAAUACCACUAACCAGAGUUUGAAUUUAUUUUCACUAGUUGUAGGAGAGUGAAACACCUUUUUUCCCCGAAAAUAAGGCAUUCCCUAAAAUAGGCCCUAGCUUAUUUUGGGGGGAUGCUCGUAAUAUAAUCCAUAACCCGAAAAUAAACCCUAGUCGCUAGUUCGCUAAUCUAUGUUCGGGAAAUUUCCCCCGAACAUAGGUUUGUGGGAUUCCAUGCUCUUGUAAGCUAAUCUAUGUUCUGGGAAGUUUCCCUGAACAUAAAUUCGCAAGAUUCCAUGGCUUAGUGAACUAGUCUAUGUUCUGGGGAAAGACACGAUCGUGGAAAGACGGUAGUGAUCACUAACCUGAUCAAAUAGUUUCCAGUAAGUAAACCCCAUGUGAUCAAUCAAACAAACAUUUAAAGUUUUGAUAUAACUAUUACAAUAGGCCCAAUGCAGGAAUUGAAAGAUCCAGAUCUACCUUGUAGAUUAGAUAUAUUUCAUUAUCAAAGAAACUUGUCAUAUUUAUUUAAGACAGUUCAUUAAUGGGAUGCUUGUCACAGAUUUUACCAUAUCCAGUAACAACAUUUUUCAUUUUCACAUGUUUACAUAUUUGUGUACAUAUUCCAAAUGACACAUUUGCUAUUCAGAGUUGGAGGUUAUAUAUCUUCAGAUUAUAUUAU